AUGUCAUGCCCAGAAUCAUACGUCAUUCUGCACAACGUCUCCAAAAAGCACAAUGUGGGGACCAUCAGUAGAUGUGCCACUGCCUUCAACGUAACGCAGAUCUGCCUCGUCGGCUCGAAUAGGUUCAAUGCCUUUGGGAGUCAUGGUUCAGAUGCCCACGUGGACUUCGGCUGGCAUGCCAGCAUCGAGGCCUGCUGCCAGGAGCUGCGGGAGGAGAAGGGCGCACAGAUCGUUGGCGUGGAGAUCAUGCCAUCUGCCCUCCCCGUGCACUCCUUCCCCUUCCGCGGUCCCACCGCCUUCAUGCUGGGGAACGAGGGUCAGGGCCUAAGCGAGCGGCAGAUACGGAACUGCGAUGCCUUCAUCUACAUCCCUCAGUACGGCGCAGGCACGGCAAGCCUGAACGUGGCCGUGGCUGCAUCCAUCGUGCUCCACCACUUUGCGCUUUGGGCUGGCUUCCCGGAGCGGGGCCGUGAGGGCCAGAAGUUCAUUGUAGCGCCCCGGCCCCAGUCCGCCAGGGGGAAGGGAGCAUUCGAUUACCUUGAGGAUCGCUUGUCAAUACUGGUUGCCUGGGAGGACAGGAUGCAGAACGCUUUCGCGAUCCUGUCGGGCGAUCAGCCCGACACCGCAACGAGCAAGUCGCGGAAGAAUCGGAAGAAGGCCGUGCAGACCGCCCCGGCUGAACCAAGGGUGUUCAAACCAGCCGAGGAGGUCUUCGCGGUUUCCGAUGACUUUAUGCAGGUCCGCGGGCGGUCACAGGGCAAAGGCCGUGCUGAGUCCGGUAUCAAGGCUGGAGGACGGAUGCCCACCACUGCCGAGCUGGAGACCGCGGCCGCAUCUGCUGACCCCUCCACACGCCCGGCCCUGAUCUCGGACUGGCUGAGCCAGAUCUCUAGCCCCAAUGCCUCGGCAGCACAGACCUUCAAAGAGGCACUGGCGGGCGGCACGGCCCUGGAUGCCCUGCUCGCCAGCUUCCUGGCGUCCCCCGGGUCCGAAGCGGAGGCCGACGCCCUGGCCCGGCUGGUGGCGGCGGCCGCGCACGAGACCUGCCCCCCCGGCGUCCCGUCCUCCCUGGUGGCCAUGCUGCGCGCGCUGGGCGCCCUGCACGCCAGCGACCCGCUGGGCGGCCUCCCCGCCGCGCCCCGAGCGCUCGCCGCGCUGUGCACGCUGCUGCGGCAGGGCGACGGCCUGGGCUCGCACACGCGCGCCACGGCCUCCGACGCGCCCGCCGCACUCGCCGCGCAUGAGCGCGAGCUGGCGGCCGCGGAGGCCGCGGCCCUGCGUGCCGCAGACCCGCGCGCCGCGGCCGCCUCCUGGGCCGCGGCAGUGGAGGCGGCGGAGCGCGGCGUGGGCCUGGCCGCGGCCAUCGCCGGCCCCGCCAGCCUGUACAGCGGUCGUCGCAGCGCGGCCACCGCCCCGCUGCGCGCGCUGCGUGAUGCGCUGGACGCGCGGCGCGCAGACCUGGAGGCCGCCCGCGGCGCCGGUUUUUCCACCCUCUUCCCUCUCUCCCGCCUCACCCUUUCCUCCUCAACACACCGACAGUCCGGCGCGGCAAACGCGGUGUCGGUGGCUGCUCGCCUGACCCCCGUCCUCGAGCAGGGGCUGGCGAGCGUGGCGGAGCUGCGCCAGACGCUGGAGCGCCCCGGCACGGCAGCGUCACCGUCGCCCGGCGCGCGCGCGGUGCUGGCCGCGGCGGCCGAGCUGCGGCUGAGCGAGCGCUACGUCGCCGCGCUGUCCUCGCUGCUGGACCUGCGCGCGCGCGGCGCGGCCGAGGCGCGCGCCAAGGCCGCCGACCUGCGCCGUCGCGCGGCGCUGGCCGCGCGCCAGGUGGAGCAGCUGGGGCGGCUGGGCCGCGACGCGAGGCGCGCGCGCGAGUCGCGCGACCGCCUGGAGGCCUCGCUGCGCGCGGUGCACGACGGAGCGCGCGCCUCGGCCGGCGAGGUUCGCGGCUGCGUGGCGGCCUUCGUCUCGCACACCACCGCGCUGGCCGGCGUGGGCGGCGCGGGCGAGCGCGACCGCGCCAGCGCCCCGCGCUUCCUCGCGCUGGCGGCAGAGGUGGAGGCCGCCUUUGCGGCCAUCGAGGCGGGGGAGCCGGAGCCGGCCGGCCCCGCCUCGGCCGGCAGCGACGGCGCGGGGUCGGGGGGGGGCACGCCGGGGUCGGGCGGCGCGGCGCCCCUGGGCAGUGUGGACACGCUGCGUCGCCAGCUGGCAGAGGUGCAGGCGAGGCUGGCGGCGCGCGAGGGCGCCCUGGCGGCCGCGGGCGUGGCCACGGGCGGAUCCGAGGGCCUGGGAGGGGCGCCCGGCGCGCAGCCCGACGGCCACGGCCACGCCACCCGGGACGCGGGCCGCGCCGACCCGCUGCCAAACGGCGGCCACGAGGCCGUGCCCGGCUCGGUCCAGGAGGAAACGGCGGGUGGGGACUCGGCAGCCCCCGGCGAGGCGCGGGCGGAGGAGCCCGAGCCCAGGAGGCCGGGGGCCAGCGGGCUGAGCUGGAGCCAGCUGGCCGCCACGGCCGCGCCUCGGCGGGGGAACUGA